AUGACCGCCAUCACAAAUUCGUGCCAGUUCCAUGGUCGUGACGACGAGGACGCCCCCGCGCAUAUCAAUCGCAUCACUUGUCUCUGCAGCACCUUCUCCAUCGAGGGUGUCAAUCUUGAUGCUAGGUAUCUUCAGGUUUUUCCGUUCUCACUUGCCGGACGCGCAGCCGUCUGGUUCGAUUCCCAGCCUGCUGGCACUUUCACUACUUGGGCAGGCCUUCGCGAUGCAUUCUUAGCCAAGUAUUUUCCGCCAGCCAAGGCAUCUCGCCUUCGUGACCAGAUUCAUUCAUUUCGUAUGGAGCCAGAUGAGCCUUAUUACUUAGCUUGGGAGCGUUUUCAGACCCUGAUUACCCGUUGUUCUCAGCAUGGUCUAUCUGACUGGGCCUUAGUAGAGAAGUUCUACAAUGGACUUACUCCUGAGAUUAGAGCUCGUUUCGAUACUUCAGCAGGAGGUCAGCUUAUGGGAAAGAAGACAGUGGCGGAGUGCAAUGAUUUGUUUGAGAGUUUUGCCCACUCCGAUAUGGACUACAGUACUACCAGCAGGACUUCCAUUCCUGUGCGUACCACCUCGGCCGGUCGAGGGGUAAACCAAGUUAGCUUGGAUUCAUCGGUAGCUGCUGCAGUCGAGAGAGCGAAGGAGGAGUUGAGGCAAGAGAUGAGGCAGGAGUUGAAUGAGAUAAAGAAGAAAGUCGAUAGGUGUGAGGUUUGUCGAGGAGGACAUGAUACUAUAGAUUGUCCUACGAUCACUCUUGAGCAGGUAGAGUACAUAGCCGGUCAGUCUAGGGGUCCCACGAAUCCGUUCAAUAAUUCUAAUUCCAACUGGCGCGGUAGUGGUAAUUCGAGUGGUUAUCGUUCGUCUGGAAAUCCUCCUGGAUUUCCAUCUGGUCAGUAUCAGAGUAGAGGGCCCGGUAUUUACACGCAUUCUGGUUCAGGGCAGUUUGGUGGGUCAGGUUCGAGUGGUCAGUUUUCGAGUGGAGGACCGACUCAGGAGAGUCAGGGUAGUGGGAAGGCUCCUGAGGUUAGCACGAACAGGUUGGAGGAGAUGUUCGCCCAGAUGAUGACGCGGACCGAUGCGUUCAUGAAAAAUCAGGAGCAAAUUAAUAAAAACAACGAGCUCCAGUUGAAGAAUCAGCAGGCCGCCCUCCUCGAUCUUCAGAGGACAGUAGGCGGGCUUGCUAAACAGUUGCAGGAGUACCCGCCGGGUCAGUUUUCGGGAAACACUUUCACGAAUCCCGCAAAUCAGUCAGCGAAGGCGAUUACGACCCGUAGUGGGAAGAGUUUGGGAGAGGUAGUGAGAGAAAGAGAGGUUGAAGAGGUAGAAGAGGAGGUCGAUGAGGAGAUCGAGAUGGAGGCUCCAGGCAAGUUGAAGAUAAAUCUUCCGUUCAUCGAGGCACUUCAGUCUAUGCCUAAGUACGCAAAAUUCCUUAAAGAUCUUUUGAAGCGUAAGGAGAGAAUCGGUGAGCUUUCGAAUAUUCCAUUGACAGGAGGUUGUUCUGCGGUAGUCUUGAAUAAGCUACCAGAGAAGUUGACCGACCCUGGCACAUUCACGAUUCCAUGUCUCUUUGGGGGAGCCGUUACCCCUGCUCACGCCUUAGCCGAUUUAGGGGCCAGCAUCAAUCUGAUGCCAUUCUCGUUGUAUGAGCGACUUGGUCUAGGAGAGCUUACACCCACACGCAUGUCAUUGUCCUUGGCUGACCGAUCAGUCAAGUAUCCUCGUGGGAUAGUAGAGAAUUUGUUGGUUAAGGUUGAUAGGUUUGUGUUCCCAGUAGACUUCGUUGUGCUCGACAUGGAGGCCGAUGAGAGAGUUCCUAUUAUUCUAGGCCGUCCAUUCCUUCGAACCGCAAAGGCGAUCAUCGACGUCUUUAACGGUAAGAUUUCUCUUCGUGCGGGUGACGAGAUUAUCACAUUCGAGAUCGACCGAGCGAUGCAGCAUCCUAGCGGCCGUGAUGAUGAUGUUGGGCCGUGUCAUUCCGUUUACUUUCUCAAUUCAUUCAUAUCUUGCGUCGACACGUGUCUUGAGUACAUUAGUGGAGCCGAUCUGGUAGGUGAGGGAGUGGUUGACGAGCAUUCUGAGGAUGAGGUAGAUGAGGUAGAGGAGGAGCAAUUUGAUGAGAGUGACGAGUUCAGUGCUCAGCCGUUAGAGCUCGAUGCGAUUAGUGAUGAGAGUACUCCUGUAGAGAUUCCACCGCCUUUAGAACUUAAGGUUCUUCCUUCACAUCUCGAGUACGCGUUUCUAGGAGAGAAGCCGAGUAUGCCUGUCAUCAUUUCUUCAAAGUUGACAGAGGAGGAGAAGGCGAGGUUGAUUGAGGUGCUUAGAGAGCACACUGAUGCGAUUGCAUGGAGGCUAUCCGAUAUCAAGGGCAUUAGCCCUACUUUUUGCACGCCUCGCAUUCUGAUGGAGGAUGUCUUCAAGCCUGUAGUGCAGCCGCAGCGUCGGUUGAAUCCGAAUAUGCAGGAGGUAGUGAAGAAGGAGGUGAUGAAGUUGUUGGAGUCUGGUUUGAUCUAUCCUAUUUCUGAUUCAGCUUGGGAUAUGGUCGAGAGUUCGAUGGAGGUUUUUAUGGAUGACUUCUCAGUGUAUGGUAGUUCUUUCGAUCAGUGCUUGACGAAUCUUGAGAGGAUGUUGAAGAGAUGUGUGGAGACGAAGUUGAUGCUGAACCGGGAGAAGUGUCACUUUAUGGUGACUGAGGGGAUUGUGCUAGGGCACAAGAUUUCGAGAGCUGGUAUUGAGGUUGAUAGGGCGAAGAUAGAUACGAUUAGCCAGCUCCCUCCGCCGACUAGUGUCAAGUCGGUUCGUAGUUUUCUCGGUCAUGCGGGAUUUUAUAGGCGCUUCAUUAGGGAUUUUCCAAAAUCACUCGCCCCAUGA